AUGGCUAGUGGUACAGCUAUUUUAGAUAACGCGGUGUCAAAAGGUGCCAAAAACAAAAUUGUUCAGACAGACCAUUGGAAAGAAAACGUGGCAAAAUAUAAGACACAGAGUGGACAGGAAAUUGACAGCGACACAUCCACUGCCCGGUUAUCCAGCGUAACUCAAACAAUUACAGAACUAUUGAAAGGAUAUGACAACAGGCUUAGACCUAAUUUUGGAGGUGAUCCAUUGGAUAUUGGAAUGGAUUUAACUAUUGCUAGUUUUGAUGCAAUUUCUGAAGUAAAUAUGGAUUAUACUAUAACUCUUUAUUUAAAUCAAUAUUGGAAAGACGAGCGCUUAUCAUUUGGUUUUGACGACGAAAAUCUUACUUUAUCUGGAGAGUUUUCAGACAGAAUAUGGGUACCAGAUACAUUUUUUGCUAACGAUAAACAUAGUUUCCUUCAUGACGUGACCGAGAAAAAUAAGUUGGUGAGAUUACGAGGUGAUGGAUUCAUAGAAUACGGUAUGAGAUUUACGACCACCUUGGCCUGCAUGAUGGAUUUGCAUUACUACCCCCUGGACUCUCAAAAUUGUAGUAUUGAAAUUGAAAGCUUGGAGAAGGCAGAGCUACCUCAAUUUACCAUAAUAGGUUGGGAAACUAACGAUAGAAAAGAAACCUUAGCUACCGGCACAUAUCAAAGACUUUCACUGUUAUUCAAACUACAAAGAAAUAUAGGAUACUUUAUUUUCCAGACAUAUUUACCCAGUAUUCUUAUUGUUAUGUUAUCAUGGGUAUCGUUUUGGAUAAAUCACGAAGCUACUAGUGCUAGAGUUGCAUUAGGUAUUACCACUGUUCUAACUAUGACCACGAUAAGCACCGGUGUUCGAAAUUCUUUGCCUAGGAUUAGCUACAUUAAAGCAAUAGAUAUUUACCUCGUUAUGUGUUUUGUAUUCGUUUUCGCAGCGUUACUGGAAUAUGCAGCUGUGAAUUAUACAUAUUGGGGAGCUAGGGCAAAAAAGAAAAAGCAACAGAACAUAAGGAUUGAUGCAAGAGAAACGUUAUCUAGAUCUAGUCCUUCUAACGAAGACAUAAUUGAAUUAAGAGACUUGAGAAUGAGUCCUAUUCCCUCAAUAAGAAAUAGGAAAUGUUGUAAAUCAAAGAAAGGUGAUAAAUGCGCUAAGAAAAGCAGCAUCAAUCCUCAAACCGUCCUUACCAAAAAUUAG